AUGGAGUCUACAAGCCUUGAGAAAACAGGGUUUUUUGCUCGUGCUUGGCUGCCGUUGAAAAGCUUGCCGGAGAAAUUGAAGCCCAAGGUGGCUGAACUUGCUAGCCAGAUAAUAAAGCUGGGGAAAGAUGACCCAAGAAGAGUUGCUCAUUCACUUAAAGUAGGACUUGCACUCAACGUUGUCUCACUGCUUUUCUACUUACUCCCACUGUAUAAUGAUUUUGGCGUCUCUGCAGCCUGGGCUUUAAUGACUGUGGUUUUUGUAUUUGAAUACUCUGUGGGAGCCACUCUUGGAAAAGGUCUGAACAGGGGAUUUGCAACAUUAAUUGGUGGGGCACUAAGCGUUGUAGCUCAUCAAAUAGCUUGUUUAUCUGGAGAAAUAGCCGAGCCUAUAAUGCUUGGCUUCUUUGUCUUCCUGCAAGCCGCAGCAUCAACAUUUAUACGGUUCUUCCCCAAGAUCAAGGCGAAAUAUGACUAUGCGCUGGUAAUAUUUAUAUUGACAUUCUCGAUGAUAUCAGCAUCGGGCUUUCGAGACGAUGAUAUAAUAAAGAUAGCAAGCAGGAGGCUUUCGACCGUCCUGAUAGGUGGCUCUGUCUGUGUCAUCAUCUGCAUUUUAAUUUGCCCUGUCUGGGCCGGCCUAGACCUCCACAAUCUCAUUGCUGCCAACAUAGAAAAACUUGGAAAUUUCCUACAAGAAUUUGGAAAUGAAUUCUUUAAAACACCAAAGGAAGGAGAGACUGAAGAUGACAGGUCAUUUUUGCAGCAAUAUAAAAGUGUUCUCACUUCAAAGAGUACUGAAGAAUCACUGGCUAACCAUGCGAAAUGGGAACCGGGACAUGGUCAGUUUCAGUUUCGCCAUCCAUGGAAUCUGUACCUCAAAAUCGGAACUCUCACCCGCCAGUGUGCCUAUCGAAUUGAUGCUCUAAAUGGCUACCUCAACACUGAAAUUCAAACAUCAUCAGAAAUGAGACAUAAAAUUGAAGAAGUAUACAGAGAAAUGAGCUUGGAAUCUGGCAAGGCACUGAAGGAACUGGCAUUGGCAAUCAAAACAAUGGGUCAACCCUCCGCAGCUACUAGUAUCCACCUCAAAAACUCAAAGUCCGCUGCCAAAAGCCUAAGCUCUUUAUUCAAGUCAAAUGUAUGGGGCGACACUGACCUCGCAGCAGCCGUACCAGUGGCCACUGUGGCUUCAUUACUAAUUGAUGUGGUUGCUUGCACAGAAAAAAUAGCUCAGUCUGUUUACGAGCUAGCAUCAAUGGCUAAUUUUAAAAGUAUUGAUGCCACUUUGUCACCGGAAAAAUCACAGAUACGACAACAAGACGAUGUAAAACCUCCGGCAAAGGUUGAUUGUCCUUAUGUUUGCGUUACUGUUAACGAGCCGACUCCAGCGAUUUCAGGAAAUGAGAAUCCCUCCCUAACGAUGGCUACUAGAAUUUCGGAUUCGUAGACAUAUAAUUACUUUAAAAAAAGAGACAAUUAUGUGGUUAA